AUGGAGGACCUGCUGGAUGAAUCCUUGGAAUAUGCUGCUGGCAGUGAUGAAUCCAAAUGGAGUUGCGGCGGUCUGCUGAUUCAAGACGACUUGGUUCAAGCGGCGAAGGUCGCAGCAAAAGCGGUAGCUUUUGGGAUCAGUUGGGGAGCGUGGAUCGUUGGGACGUCGACUGAAAAGCACAGGAAAGGCAAACUCACUAUUGGAGGGUUCGAUGAUGUCGUGUUCGAGCAUGUACGCGAUGGUAGCCUGGAGUUCUCCUUCAAGAUGAAGGGGGAUGCGAUAUGGCCUGCAGUUAAUGGGCAAGGUCCCUGGCUUGAGCUGAAUGUCGUCGACGAGGACGUCGGCGAAUUCCUCAGAGAGGGCUUGAGCAAGGUGCAACAAGAACUAUUCCUCGUUAGGAUUGGCGACGCGCAGAGCGUGAGCAUCGGGCACUUGAUGCUGAACUGGCAAGCUAAUCGGAGGGGCUCGUCGAGCUUUGGGGGAAUCGACGAACACUUCGCGGCGGCCGAUGCGAUAGGCGAGCGAGACGGCGCCGAGGGUUUGCACUUGGCGAGUCUCGGAGAGGCCCAGCUGCUGAAAAAGCUGCUGAGACAUGAUAUUGAUCGUCGCGCCGUGAUCGAGCAGGGCAACGGUCUGGUGAGCAUGAACUCGGGAAGAGCUGACGCUAACGGGGAGCCGAAUAAGAUCGGGGGCAAACAUGUAGUUGACCCGUAG